AUACUCGGGACUGCGGAGCGCGCGCAGGGCUUCCCUCCGCCUGCAGGUCCCGACGCGUCUCCGCCGUCGCCGUCGCCGUCGCCUCCGCCGUACAGCCGAAUAGCCGAGGACCCACGCAGAGCCACCAACCAGCCAAGAUGCCCAAGCCAAUCAACGUCCGGGUGACCACCAUGGAUGCCGAGCUGGAGUUUGCCAUCCAGCCAAACACCACCGGGAAGCAGCUCUUUGAUCAGGUGGUAAAGACGAUUGGCCUCCGGGAAGUGUGGUACUUCGGCCUCCAGUAUGUAGACAAUAAAGGAUUUCCUACCUGGCUGAAACUUGAUAAAAAGGUCUCCGCACAGGAGGUCCGAAAGGAGAACCCUGUCCAGUUUAAAUUCCGGGCCAAGUUCUACCCCGAAGACGUGGCCGAGGAACUCAUCCAGGACAUCACACAGAAGCUCUUCUUCCUGCAAGUCAAGGACGGGAUCCUCAGCGACGAGAUCUACUGCCCCCCAGAGACAGCCGUGCUCCUGGGCUCCUAUGCCGUUCAGGCCAAGUUCGGAGAUUAUAACAAGGAAAUGCACAAGUCUGGGUACCUCAGCUCGGAGCGGCUGAUCCCCCAGAGAGUCAUGGACCAACACAAGCUCAGCAGGGACCAGUGGGAGGACCGGAUCCAGGUGUGGCACGCGGAACACCGAGGGAUGCUCAAGGACAGUGCUAUGCUAGAAUACCUGAAGAUUGCCCAGGACCUGGAAAUGUAUGGGAUCAACUAUUUCGAGAUCAAAAACAAGAAAGGAACAGACCUUUGGCUUGGAGUCGAUGCCCUUGGACUUAACAUUUAUGAGAAAGAUGACAAGUUGACCCCAAAGAUCGGCUUCCCUUGGAGUGAGAUCAGGAACAUCUCUUUCAACGACAAGAAGUUUGUCAUUAAGCCCAUCGACAAGAAGGCACCUGACUUUGUGUUCUACGCCCCGCGCCUGAGAAUUAACAAGCGGAUCCUGCAGCUCUGCAUGGGGAACCAUGAGCUGUACAUGCGCCGCAGGAAGCCCGACACCAUCGAGGUGCAGCAGAUGAAGGCCCAGGCUCGGGAGGAGAAGCACCAGAAGCAGCUAGAGCGACAGCAGUUGGAAACCGAGAAGAAGAGGCGAGAGACGGUGGAGAGAGAAAAGGAGCAGAUGCUCCGGGAGAAGGAGGAGCUGAUGCUUCGGCUGCAGGACUACGAGCAGAAGACCAAGAGGGCGGAGAAAGAGCUCUCCGAGCAGAUUGAGAAGGCCCUCCAACUGGAGGAAGAGAGGAGGCGAGCCCAGGAGGAGGCUGAACGUCUGGAGGCCGACCGCAUGGCCGCCCUGCGGGCCAAGGAAGAACUCGAGAGACAGGCGCAGGAUCAGAUAAAGAGCCAGGAGCAGCUGGCUGCAGAGCUGGCAGAGUACACGGCCAAGAUCGCACUGCUGGAGGAGGCGCGGAGGCGCAAGGAGGACGAGGUAGAAGAGUGGCAGCACCGGGCUAAAGAAGCCCAGGACGACCUGGUGAAGACCAAAGAGGAGCUGCACCUGGUGAUGACGGCCCCACCGCCCCCACCGCCCCCAGUGUAUGAGCCUGUGAAUUACCACGUGCAGGAGGGACUGCAGGACGAGGGAGCAGAGCCUAUGGGCUACAGUGCCGAGCUCUCCAGUGAGGGCAUCCUGGAUGACCGCAACGAGGAGAAGCGGAUCACAGAGGCAGAGAAGAAUGAGCGCGUGCAGCGGCAGCUGCUGACCCUGAGCAAUGAGUUGUCCCAGGCCCGGGAUGAGAACAAGAGGACCCACAAUGACAUCAUCCACAACGAGAACAUGCGGCAAGGCAGGGACAAGUAUAAGACGCUGCGGCAAAUCAGGCAGGGCAACACCAAGCAACGCAUUGACGAGUUCGAGGCCAUGUAGAGGCCAGGCUGGGACCAAGGGCAGAGGGCACCUCACUGCAGGCAGGUGUCACACUUGGCUCUUUAGUUCUCUUAAGUUUAGACACCCCCUUGCUGUGUUCCAGUCCCUUAAAGAGCAGUUACGGGGCCUGCAUUCUGCCCCGAGACCCAGUGGGCUCCUCCUUGGUUCCUUCUAAUUGUAUCACAUAGUGCCAAACAGGUCAGAUUUAAUGACAGUUACCGAAUCACUUCCUGUUUGGAGCAGGGAUUCGGAGGGCUGGCCCUCAUGAAGCAAGAUUCAUUGUCACUGGGACAGCACUGUGGCUCACGGGUGCCAUACUUUUCUCUAGUUUUACAAUGAGCUCAAAUCGAUUUUGUUCUUGAUUUUUAUGAAGGAUCCAUCUCUGUGUAUUGAGGGGUAAAAAUGAUUUUGAAAUUUGAGUCUAAAGCAUGCCCCCACAGAGUCUCCUUCCUCCAGACCGCUGGCAGAGUCUCCAGGGGUCCUUCAGAGUGUACGGUACAGGACUCUCCGAUACAAAAUUCUCAUGCUUAUCUGUUAGCAUACAUUGUUGGACUUAUAUAUCUAAUGAUCUGCUAUAGAGGAUAGUAUUUAUAUAUAAGCGAUAAUAUGGGUUUGUAACAUUAGUUUUAAAAAAGGGAAAGUUUUGUUCUGUAUAUUUUGUUACCUUUUACAGAAUAAAAGAAUUCAACAUUAAGAACCAUGUAACCGAGACACUUGAUCUGACACAGGGGCAGUCGGGAAACCGAUGACUGCAGUAAUCACCACUGUACAAAAAUGUUAGUGGGUUUUGUGCACGUAAAAUGCACACUUCCAUUUCCUGUCAGUUUCUUAUUUGAAAAAAAAAAAAUACACACCGAGAGCAUCCAGACUCCAGCCCUGAAGGGACGCCGGCCUCUUUAUUGUGAGCAACUUGUUCCCGUUUUCAGUUUGUCUUCCUUCCUUUCGCGGACUAGCCUCCUUGGUUGUGAUGUCUGUCCUGUGCGGGUGACUCCGCACCAGAUUUACACACAAUAAAAGCUCUCCAAGGCCUUGUGUCUGAUUGCAUGGGGGGGGUUGGGGUGGGAGUGGGGGGUCUCUCAGACUUGUCCUCGGGAUUCAGGAAGCAUGCUAAUCAGAGAGGGGUCUUCCCCAGCUCCCCUGCACUGGGAGGUUUGCCACCCGAGAGGAGCACA